AUGAAGUCAACCGAGUCGCUUGCAAUCCCGAGAAAGUCGUUUAGUAUGGUCAGAAUUCUAUCCCAAAUUCAUCCAUCAUUGAUGAGAAAAAGUGGCGCUCGCGUCAUCCGACGUUUGAAGAUGGACAAACAGUCUUCUGCGGAGCAUGUUGAGCAUCCCAAGAAGAGCCUUGAUAAUCCAGGAAUCAGCGAUGGCUCUGUGUUCAAAAUGGCCCUUCUUCAGAGAAUAACCGGAUCCUUCGGUGAUCCCCUGACAGCCGCAAUCGGGAAGAUGGUUGGCCUCGGUGGCCUCGGUGGCCUCGCUGGUUGGGCGUGA